CCAGCUUCAGAGGCGCGGGCGGCGGCGGCUCCAGCGGUUCGGGCGGCCUUGGCUCGGGCCGGGAUGGGCGGGCGGCCGCGCGGGGAGCACGGGGGGCUCACGACGUGACCCACCUGACGUGGAGCCCGGCCGCCCGGCCACGCCGGGACGAGGGUCCGCUCGGCGGGCGUGGACGCGGGGCCGGCGGCCGCGCCGCAGCAGGAGCAUGCGGGGCGCGGCGCGGGCGGCCGAGGGGCGCGCGGGGCGGCGGUGGCCGCGGCUCCCCGUCCCGGGCCCGCGCCCGCCGCCGCAGCUGCUGAUGCUGCUGGCGGUCGUGCUGGGAGGCGCGGGCGCGCAGUACUCGAGUGACCUGUGCAGCUGGAGGGGGAGCGGCCUGACGCAUGAGGCCCACAGGAAGGAGGUGGAGCAGGUGUACCUGCGCUGUUCUGCGGGCACCGUGGAGUGGAUGUACCCGACUGGGGCUCUCAUCGUCAACAUGCGGCCCAACACUUCGCCCUCCCUGCACCUGACUCUAUGCAUCAAGCCCCUCAGGGGCUCCUCGGGGGCCAAUAUUUAUUUGGAAAAAACUGGAGAACUGAAGCUGCUGGUGCGGGAUGGGGUGCAUGGACCCCGCCAGGCACGGUGCUUCGGCUUUGAGCAGGGCGGGCUGUUCGUGGAGGCAACGCCCCAGCUGGACAUCAGCAGGAGGACCACCGGCUUCCAGUACGAGCUGGCCAGCCCACGUGCAGGCUUGGACCUGCACGCUCUGUCGGCCCCGUGCCGCCCCUGCAGCGACACCGAUGUGCUCCUGGCGGUCUGCACCAGUGACUUCGUGGUCCGAGGCUCCAUCCAGGAUGUCACCCACGAACCAGAGCAGCAGGAGUCGGCUAUCCACUUACAUGUGAACCGGCUCUACCGGCAGAAGAGUAGGGUCUUCCGGCCAACCCCUGAGGGCGGCGGCUGGCGGGGUCGCGUCUCGACACUGCUGGAAUGUGGCGUGAGACCUGGGCGCGGGGAGUUCCUCUUCACUGGCCACAUGCAUUUUGGCGAUGCCUGGCUUGGCUGCGCCCCACGCUUCAAGGACUUCCAGAGGAUGUACAGGGACGCCGAGGAGAGGGGGCUGAAUCCCUGCGAGAUGGGCACAGAGUGACCACACUGCUGCCAUGGUGGGCGCUCGCAUCGGGGGGAUGGCCUGGGGCUCACUGUGUCCAUCAGUUCCUGGCCAAGGACUCCCUGACCGACUGAUUGGAAAUGCUGUAAAAUGCAAACUAAGUUAUUAUAUUUUUUUAAAAAGAAAUGUCCACAGGAAACAAACUCCCGUGUCUUCAGAUACCUUUGUGUGCCAUUUCAUAUCUUCAGAAGCAUGUGAAGCCAUGCACUUGGCUGGUGGUCGGGACGGAGCCCCCAGCAGCCUCCUAGCACCCAGCCCUGGGUGAAGCUUGGGUACCAUUCAUGUUGUUUCUUACGACAAAAGUUUAUGAAACCAGACACUUAAUGACUCUUUGAUUUUGUCUCUGCAUUUUAAAGAAUGUGUUUUGCCAGCUGUGGACAUCGAGGGGCUGCAGGCUGUUUCCAUUCCAGAGAAUAAAGACCAGCAUCUGAUGGA